UUUUGCUCCAUUUAACAAAAAAAAUCAUUAAAACUUAAUUUUAGUUAAUUAUGAAAAGGAUAAAUCUCAAGUUGCAGCCCUACUUCGUGAUGUAUUGAUUAUUUGAAGUGCUGUAUCUAUGUUACAUAAUUUAUAUAGUUUGUGGACAGUGGUUUUGUGCAGCAAGCUUUAGGUCAUUUGUUUUACUGAACAAAGAAGACUUUAUAUAGUUUAUUAUGAUUGUUUUAAGGGGGAAAAAUACAACAUAUCCCCUGGCUAAUAGUGUCCUAAUAUAUUGCAAUGAAACAAACGCUUUUACUUUGAAAUUCUGCAAGAUAUCAUAACUGUCUUUAUUUUGUUGCAAGACUUUUAAAGUUAUGAUUCUUGUAAAAAGACAGAGACAGACAAAAAGACAGCUAAAACAUCACCUCUCUGGUGGACGUUCUAAUUUAAUGAAAUGAUUGUUGUUAGAGGUCAGUGUCAGACUCUGAAGGGUUUUUAACGUCACAAAUGUCACUUCUGAGCGACUUUGUCCGUCCACAAACAUCACCCGUUUCAUAUAAAUCCCAGGAUGCUUCGCCUGUGGAAUGGAGAAUGGAUUCCGUGUUUACAACACGGAUCCACUUAAAGAGAAGGAGAAACAAGAGUUCCUGGAGGGCGGAGUCGGCCACGUGGAGAUGCUGUUCAGGUGUAAUUAUCUGGCGUUAGUGGGAGGAGGCAAGAAACCCAAGUAUCCAACUAACAAAGUGAUGAUCUGGGACGACCUGAAGAAGAAGACGGUUAUUGAGAUCGAGUUCUCGACAGAAGUCAAAGCGGUGAAGCUUCGACGUGACAGGAUCGUCGUGGUCCUGGACUCUAUGAUCAAAGUGUUCACCUUUACCCACAAUCCCCAUCAGCUGCAUGUGUUUGAGACCUGCUACAACCCCAAAGGUCUGUGUGUGCUGUGUCCCAACAGCAAUAACUCUCUGUUAGCGUUCCCUGGGACUCACUCAGGCCACGUUCAGAUCGUGGACUUGGCCAACACAGAAAAGCCGCCCGUAGACAUCCCCGCCCAUGAGGGCUCGCUGUGCUGCAUUGCUCUCAACCUGCAGGGCACGAGGAUAGCUACUGCGUCAGAGAAAGGGACGCUCAUCAGGAUUUUCGACACGUCCGCAGGCCAACUCAUACAGGAGCUGAGACGAGGAUCUCAGGCCGCCAACAUUUACUGCAUUAACUUCAACCAGGACGCGUCCCUCAUCUGUGUGUCCAGUGACCACGGCACCGUCCACAUCUUCGCUGCAGAAGAUCCCAAGAGGAACAAACAAUCCAGUUUGGCUUCAGCCAGUUUUCUUCCCAAAUACUUCAGCUCUAAAUGGAGCUUCUCCAAGUUCCAGGUUCCCUCAGGUUCUCCCUGUGUGUGCGCCUUUGGAACCGAGCCCAACGCUGUCAUAGCUAUAUGUGCUGAUGGCAGCUACUACAAGUUCCUGUUCAACCAGAAAGGGGAGUGUUCCCGAGACGUUUACGCCCAGUUCCUGGAGAUGACGGAUGACAAGAUUUAAUCUUUUACCUCCAUCACUUUUUUUUUUCUUCUCUUUAA